UGGGCUCAUGCUUUUAUGCCCUCGGGUGGGUCUUAAACGUAUUCGAGUAAACUGGCAACCCGCCAUGAGUCGUGCGUUGGGACGCUGACACGCAGAACAUGUAGAGGACGAACACGCAGAGUGCUAGAAGAUGUCCGUGGCUGUGAAAGAGCGGCGCGCGCGGCCGGCGGUGGGGAGGAGAGCGGCCAGAUGCGUGUGGGCGCUUUUUCCUCACGCGGUGCUCAUCCUCUCUCUCAUCGGAUACGCCGUGCUCGGUGCCGUAGUCUUCCAGGAGCUCGAGGGAAGACCGAGAAAUGGCACGAAUGAGUACCGAAAUUUCGUGCGCCAAGUCGUCGCGACCGUGCGCAAUCACACCGAUGAGUCUGAGGAGGUUCUCAUGGGUGCUGUAGAGCAGAAGAUCAGAGGGGGAUACCAAUCUGUGUGGUCUCAGAGUCAUGAAAACUGGACCUUUUAUGGCUCUCUCUUCUUCUGCUGCACCGUCUUCACCACUGUGGGUUAUGGAGAGAUCUACCCAGUGACUGGUCCUGGAAGAGCAGCAUGUAUCAUCUAUGCCAUGCUGGGAAUUCCACUCAUGCUCUUAGUCAUUUCAGAUGUUGGUGACAUUCUAGCAAUGCUCGUCUCCAACGGUUACCAAAGGUUACACUCUUCCUGCAAACAUCUUCUCACUCGGGUGAGAAACCUCUGCAGAACCCAGGAACGUGUCGCAAUUCAUAAUAGUAUCUACACCCCCAGUCAGGAAAUAGUGGUGAGUAAACCAAUGGACAUUCGUGAAGUGAUGCUCAAACAGUCAGGUGUUAAGCAAAAAUCCAGCCAGUUUCUCAAAAAUGUCGCAAUCUUUGAGAGGAUCAUUGAACGGGAGAAAUUUGGUCAGAAUGGACCUCUGGUGCGCACGUGUUCUUGCCCCGAGCUCAAUCGGAUGCCACCUGUGCCUUUGGGCUUCAAGAUGUGGGAUUUUUCUACCAUAGGCCAAGAGAUGGAGAGUUUGAAUGUGCCGUUCUUGUUGAUCCUGUUCGUCGUCUUUGCUUAUAUACUGAGCUGGGCGCUGAUCCUGCCACUGUGGGAGACGGACUUAUACUGGUUCGAUGCGUUCUACUUCUGCUUCAUAACGCUUACAACUAUUGGUUUUGGUGACAUUGUGCCCAAGCACCCCAAGUUCUUCAUGCUGACCUUCCUCUUCAUCAUCACAGGCAUGGCCAUUAUGAGCAUGGCCUUUAAGUUGGGUCAGUCACGUAUCAUCAGCUUUUAUCACCGCUGCAUCGGCUGCGUCAGCUGCCUCGGCGUGGGAAAGAAGGGCAAGUACAAGGUUCAGAAAAUGGAAAUUGGGCAUGUUGAAAAUGUCGAGAAUCCAUGAGGAAAGUAGACAAAUGUUUUUUUUUUUUCUGUUCUAAAUCUUCUUACUGAUUUUUGUCAGUGUUUGAGCUUCCACAAGCUGCAAGGAAGGUUAGAUAGAUGGAUGAAUUAUGAGUAUUUAUGAUGCACGGGCGUGGGGUAAAGUUCAGUUUUUUACAUUUCUCCCUAAAGAAUACUGGAUAUUGUUGGAGUACAAUGGAGAUCUGCAUUGUGAGACCAACUGGUUUGCAGCCCUGACAGCAUUAACGUUAUGGUGCAAACAAAUUUUUAUCUUUUUCUCUCUUACAGUUUUUAUGGCCAUGAAGUGGUGGAACAGCACCGAAAUAUUCAGUAUUCAGCUUCCAAAGCAGAGCCAGAACUCAUUUCUGGACCAAAAUGUUACUAAACUUGUCUGUUUUAUCAUUAACGCAGAGCCGAAACAGUAUUUUCCUGAGCUGCGUUAAUAUUACAUAAAUAGCGAGUACGAAAUAAAUUCAACUGAAAUGCACCAACUAAUACAAACUGUGGACAUCUUUAUACAGUUUAAUAUACUUUUUCACCACAGCCCCUUUAAAUAAUUAUGUCACUUUAAACCAACUGUGUGCUAAGGGUCACAGCAGCACAGAGGAAAUUUUACACCACAGUCUUUUGCCUUAUUCGUGCUCUUGUGGUGUGAUCGUGAAGUUUUAGACCUAACAUAAACCGAUUGUAAUUUCCCUGAUUAUUUUCUGCUGGGACCUUGAAAAUCUGCUUUUUGUAUGCCAUAGUAUAGAAAUUGUAAGUUCUUGAACCAGGACUAGGCUCUUGAUUAAGCCCCAAUAUGUUUACACUGCAUGUCAUCAGACCUGCAGGUCACUUUGCAUGUGCAAAAUGAGUUUGUUAACCCAUAUAUCCACAUAACUAAAUAAGGCAUCACAUGUGAUGUAAAGAUAAUGUAAGAAACCCGGUGGUUUAGUAACAUCUACUGUAAAAGGAAACCUACUACCUAUGACAAACACAUCCUGUCUAGAAAAACAAAACAUUCUUGUACAAUAUUGUUGCGUAUUUGCCUUUGUAUUUCAAGCAAACCUACAUGAUAAAGUAGUGCUGUCAACUGCUAUAGGUUGUACAAAUCAGUUAAAAAUAACCGAUAGUAUGAUUAAUAAUAUUUCACACGUGAGUCAUGUUAUUCUGGAUUUUCCUUAGGAUUAGAUGACACGAUACCACACCGGCACCUUGGGUAGAUCAACGAGUUAACAGAAUCAUAAUCAAUUACAAAAGAAUGAACGAUAUAAUAUUAAAUUUGGGUUUACCGGAAGCGUUGGAUAUGCUCCAGUAUACGUCCUUUACCCGAAGAAGCCCACAGAGUUAUAUUACAUGUUACAGUUAGAUUGGGGGAUGUGGUAGUCUAGUGGUUAAGGUGUUGGACUACAUGAGUUUGAAGCUGCCACUGCUGGGCCCCUGAGCAAGGCCCUUAACGUUCAGUUGCUUGGUUGUAUAAAUUGAAAUAAAUUGUAAGCCACUCUGGACAAGGAUGUCUGCUAAAUGACAGAAAUGUAAAUAUUACAAGAACCAUCAUAGCUUGUCACAUACCUGUAUACUGUAGCUGUAUUCAUAUUGACACUUAGUGUGUUGGGAGUAAUAGUAAUGUAAUUUACUGACAAGUUCAUACAGUCAUUCUGAGAUCUUAGCUGAAACUUCAUUGGUAUUUCCAAAUGUAGACAUAUCUCAGAACACAGAGUUGGGUUAAAUGUCUUGCUUACACGAUUUCUAUCCGGUUUACAAUUUUCCACUGAGCUUUCAGCGCGCGUAAAAGCCGUAUCGACGCUCUCGUUGCAAGUGCAUUUGAUGUGGGUCGUUCUUUUCUUUAAAACACCUUACUUUCUUGAAAUCACAUGACACAACAGAAAAUGAAACUGUAUUCUGUUAUUGUUUCACUGCCAUCACACUGAAUGUAUUUUUAUUCACGUGACCAAAUAAAUUUGACAUGCUUAUCUGACCUAGAUUGCAACUUGUGGACGCAACAUUCUGUUUAAAUGACCCUUAAUAUGACAAAUGAUUAAUAUGAGUUUCCUGCCAUCCCAAAUUUUAUCAGUAUUAAAUAAACGUUUUGCCAUUUU